UGACUCUCAAAGUGUUUCUGUAACUAUCAGAAGUGGUGAUAGAGAUGCUGCUCUUCUGUCAAAUAACGGACAAUCAUCAGACUCAUCAAUACAGCCACCAUUACAAUCAUCAUUAGAAUCAUUAGCAAUACCAUCAUCAUUAGUAAUACCAUCAUUAACAAUACCUUCACAAUUAACGCCAAUAAUUUCAUCGUUACUUUCAUCACCUUUUUCAUUACCAUCAUCAAUAUUACUAUCUUUAGACCCCUCAACCUCAGCACCCUCGCCAUCACUGUCUUCACAAUCCCCUAUUUUAACGUCAGAUCUAAUUACUUCCUCAAGUUUACCAAGUUCAGUAACUUCAAUUCUUGCUUCUACAACAACAGCUGCCUCUAGUUCUCCUAUAUCCACUUCGACCAUUGUGCCUACUUCUACUGCUUCUUCCUCGUCAAUAAUUAAGCCGACAGAUUUUCACAAAACUCCACCCUUUGAUAAUGGACCACUUCCCACUUCUGAAGUGACAUCCACCACGAAUUUUACUAAUGAAUCGAACAAUUCUGAUGGAAAAAAUAAAUUGAACACGGGAAUAAUUCUUGGAAUAAUUUUUGCAAUUUUGAUCAUUCUACUUAUUCUCGCUUACUUUGGAUAUCGAGCAAUCAGACGACGUAAAAAAGGUAAAGGAGUCAUGCGUUUACCGCAAGAUCUCGAAACAACUUAUUUGCCAUCUAUGACGCAUGCGAUUCCAGCACAUCAAGAACGACAUCUUGACUUGGAAUUACCGACACAACCAUUUUCUUUUCUUAGCCUAUACAAAAAUCCCAGUACAUCUUCGUUUAUUGAAGAUUUCAAUGAUAUAGCAUCCGGAUCAGGAGCGAAUGGAACAUUUAAUCGUGAUGAUGCCGUUGGUAGUACAUCAGGUGGCAAUGGUAUAAAUAAUAAUAAUAGUAGUAGAUUUUUAUAUGGUGAGACUGUUGUUGGAAAUACCACAUCCUCUAUAAAUAUGUUUGGGGCUGGAUUGGGUCUUAGAAGAUCUUCUAGUGCACCUUCUUCGCCCUCUUCGCCCACAGGCGAGAAAGUAGUGGAGAUGGAAUUGAUAGCCCCGGCUUCUGAACAAAUCUUAGUUACCAGAGAUCGAACCGUUCAAGUUGAACAUGUGCCAUCCUCUGAUAUUACAAAUGCAAAUCCUCCCUCGCCUAGAAUUCAAACUGAACAGCAAUCUCCACUUGAAAAUCCAUUCAUGGAACAUGCGAAUCCAUUCGAAGGAGGAUCCCCUGAAGAAGAUAGUUGGGAGGAAUUCGAGGAUACUUCAGAAGAUCAUGAAGUAAUGGCUUUCUCAAUUGAGGAUGUUUUUCCAAAGCCUCCAGAGAGACAUCAUGAUGCUGUUUCCUUUUUCACAUGCGGUCAACCUAAUGAAAUCACCUCCUUGAAUGAAACAGUUCGUCCAAUGCAAUCUCAAAAACAAACACCUGAAACAAAUAAAUAA